AUGACGUCACCCCGCGGCUCCGCGCUCCAGCAGCAGAAACGCGCAAAGAUGCUCUGAAAGCAAGACUGCAGCAUCUCCGAGUCAGAGCCUACAAAAACAUCGCAUCUCCUUCAAGCGCUCGUCCAGCGCUUCAACACCGUCCAGCUCUAUCCGCAGGGGUUUGCCCACCUGCAUGCGGGAUCCGCUGUUUUUCCCUUUCGACUCUUGUUCAUUUCCCGUUGCUAUUUAUUAUUCGCGCAUCUUCCCAAUUUUUAGCAGUGAAUCUUUUGAGUUCUGCUGACCACUGAGGUCUCAUAUUGUUUUCAACUGGAGAGCGCCAUCGCAGAGCCACGAGUGAGGACGUUUCCCACAUCACUUGUUAUUAAUAAUAUCAGUACAGCCUGAGCAAAAUUGAGCCACUGGAUAUCGAUGCGUCUUACAUUCUGUAUCUAGGCUGCUACGGAGGAUCGACGCACCCCAAACAUUCAUAUCAUCGUGGUUUCACAUUCAGAAACAACAUAUCUGCGUAUCGCGUAUAGGAGAAACGAGAGCGAGCCUAAAGCUUCUUUAUAAAAAAUGAUGGCCGGUGGGGCAGUGCAGCAAAACGGGAUUUUCUCCAAUCCGCAUCAUCACAAUCAACCGCCGCACAUGGAGUCUGAUCCCCCCGAUUCCCGCAAAAGACCCCUGGAGACCCCGACGGAGGCCAGCAGCACCAAACGCACAAACACAGGAGAGAGAUGCACCCAACCGGCCAUCCACGAUCCUCCAUUUUCAUCAGAUUUUGUCGGAUUUCACGAGGAAGGCGAAUAUUUCUUAAAGGUGCUGAUUCCAAGCUACGCCGCAGGCUCCAUCAUUGGCAAGGGUGGUCAGACUAUUGUCCAGCUACAGAAAGAGACAGGGGCCACCAUCAAGCUGUCCAAAUCCAAAGACUUCUACCCGGGAACAACAGAGCGUGUCUGCUUGAUCCAGGGCACUGUAGAGGCGCUGAAUAGCGUCCAUGACUUCAUUGCGGAGAAGGUGCGGGAGAUGCCGCAGAGCGCUCAGAAAACAGAGCCAGUUAGUAUACUUCAGCCACAGACCACAGUCAACCCUGACCGUGUCAAACAGGCCAAGCUGAUAGUGCCCAACAGUACGGCAGGGCUGAUCAUCGGCAAGGGCGGAGCCACCGUGAAGGCCGUCAUGGAGCAGUCCGGUGCCUGGGUCCAGCUCUCACAGAAACCCGAAGGUAUCAACCUGCAGGAACGCGUCGUCACCAUCAGCGGAGAGCCUGAGCAGAACCGCAAGGCCGUCGAGAUCAUCGUCCAGAAGAUCCAGGAGGACCCGCAGAGCAGCAGCUGUCUGAACAUCAGUUACUCCAACAUCUCCGGCCCCGUGGCCAACUCCAACCCCACUGGUUCUCCGUACGCCAACUCUGCAGAGGUGAUGCCGGCUGCUGCCGCGGCAGCGGCGGCCACGGCCUCCAGUCUCCUGGGGCAGGCCAGUCUGGCUGGAGUGGGCGCUUUCCCCACCACCAUGUCCAGCUUCUCAGGGAAUGACCUGCUGGCUAUCACGUCCGCACUAAACACGUUAGCCAGCUAUGGAUACAAUACCAACUCCCUGGGUCUAGGGCUAAACCCUGCAGCCGCCUCAGGAGUCCUCGCCGCUGUGGCUGCAAGCGCUAACCCUGCUGCAGCCGCGGCCGCCAACCUGCUAGCCUCCUACGCCAAUGAUGCGUCCAGCGGCGCCGGCCACCCGGCGGCCAGCCUGGGAGGUUUCACGCUAGGCUCGCUCGCCGCCGCCACUGGAGCCACCAAUGGCUACCUGAGUGCCGCUUCCCCGCUGGUGGCGAGCUCCCUACUGGCCACUGAGAAGCUGAAUGAGGGGGCUAAAGAUGUGGUGGAGAUUGCUGUGCCGGAGAACUUGGUGGGCGCCAUUUUGGGGAAGGGAGGCAAAACGCUUGUGGAGUACCAAGAACUGACGGGAGCCCGCAUUCAGAUCUCAAAAAAGGGAGAGUUUGUUCCUGGCACCAGAAAUCGUAAAGUUACCAUUACCGGAUCGCCAGCCGCUACACAAGCAGCCCAAUAUCUUAUCAGCCAGCGAAUCACAUACGAGCAGGGUGUGAGGGCCACCAAUCCGCAGAAGGUGGGCUAAAAACAGGGAGUAUGAAAAAAGGAGAGAGAAAGAGUGGGGGAUGGGGAAGAUACAGAGAAAGAUGGAGGGCGCGAAUAACGAAGAAAAUCAACCACAUUCUUUGUGGGAAAAAUCUCAGUAUUAAAAAAAAGAAGGAAAAAAAUCCUCUCGACGUGGAAAAUUUGAAAAAAGAAAAAUGUGUAAAAUGUAAAUAUGGGUUUAUUUCUUAAGUUUGAAUCUUUUUGGAAUUUGUAUUGGUUGAUUUUGUUUUGUUUUUGUUUGGUUUUUUUUGUGCAUUUUUCUGGACAGCAGUGAAUGGCAUUUCAACCUGGCAUGCUGCCGCGCUGCAGUUCCCAGCAGGUGGGCAAGGUGGUCGGAUGGGGGACAAUGGGGUGGAAAAAUCCCAGGAAACGGCCCUUUCCCCACCCCCAUCCCCUCCUAGCUGACAGAGUUUUUUUUGUUCUUUAUUUUUAGUCUUUAGUUGAAUUCCCUCCCGUUCGCCCAUGCCUCCUCUUUAAGAGGGUCUGAGACUGAUUAUAUAUCCCCCCCCAGUCUGUGACACCCCACACCCCAUCCCAGCCCCCCUCGCCCUCACGAUCCCAGCCGGCCUGACCCUGCCCUGUGCUGGGCAGGAUAGGGCAGGGGAUGCGAGGCUGCUGAAGGGGUCUCAGCGUCACUAGACAUUGACCUGGGGUUCCAGUUCGACCAGGUCCAUUGCCACUACAGAUGUUGUUAGCAUAAGGGAAGCUUGUAGAUCAUGUCGCGGACAUAGGCCAGGACGCAAAAUGCACCUGAAUCUUUCGUACCAGAGCUUCUAGAGUUUGUGGCAUUUCUCUAUGGGAUUCAAGGUCUGGUGUUUAUACAAAUACUAUUAUCAUUAUUAUUAUUACUACUACUACUAUUAUUAUUAUUACAAAUUAUCAUCACCAUCAACGUUAUUUAUUAAUAUGAUUUCACCCAUAAGAACUGAGGUAUUUCCUUUUUUGUUUUUCUUAAUCUGUGAAUUCAGGUUGACAUGAAUGUAAAGACAAUAUUUUGGAUUUAGAUUUUUAUUUAAGUAGAUUGAAUCGUGUGUCCAUUUAAUAUAUGUCUUAUUUAACGUCCAGUGAUAACUGCACCGUCGGCACCAACGGAGAGAAUAGGGGCAGAUGUACUGUACAGUGAUAUUAAUACAACAAAACACACACCCUCAGCAGACUAUUACCAGAUUGAAAUGCUAAAAACACAACUAAACAUACGCAGACUUGAAAUCACAGUGGGGACUAGACAAUUUAUUCACAUAUCUACUGAAUGAGAAUGUAGGUCUUUGCACAAGUCCAAGGGAGUGUAUCAGAAUACGACUUUAUAUAAAAGCCAAUCUCUUUCUGUAACGUCCCAAAACAUAUCCCCGUCUUUACUCUAUAUGCUGCAGUGCGAGACAUUGUGCACUUUGAGCCGCUGCAGUUGAAUAUCUGCACAAAUGUGCUGGAAGAUUUGCGUAGAUAUUCCUUAUCAAGUCAGAAACUGGCCCUCAGAGCUCUGAGGCGUUUCAUGAACACAUACUACUGAACGACUACGAACAAAUUCUGAUCGGCACAGGCUGCUUAGUAACAUGGCCUGCACUGGAAGUCCCAGGUUGUCUGCUCUAUUGUGGCUAACGUGAAAGCCUCGACAUUUUUUAAAUAAACGUCCCAAGUCACCAGUUCCAAUUUGGUUCUGGUUGCAUUAUACUGAACAGGCUGCCCAUGUGAAAGUCUUCCUGUGCAUUUCAGAACUACUCAUGUGCGACUUAUGUGCUGCUAAUAAGGUCCUAUUUUCUUUUUGUUUUAAAUCUGAGUACACUGAAUUUCGUCUUAAUGCACUGUGAAGUGUGGAGGCCGUGAUGGAAGGCCAAAAAAAGUCAGGGUUUCUAUAUCGUUAUCGUGUUGAUGCAUCACCAUGAUGGAAUGUACUCAAGUGGAACGUCUCAUUUUUAAAAGAGCCUCCAUGGAGUCAAUGUAUCACUCACCGUACACUCUUAAAAAUAAAGGUUCAAAAAGGGGAGUUCUUGCAGCGAUGCCACAGAAGAACCAAUUUUGGUUCCUCAAAGAACCUUUCAUUGAGCAGUUCUGAACAGAACCAUUUUUUCCUUAGUUUGAAGAACAUUUUAAUAACCAAAAUAAUCUUUUUCCACCACAAAGAACCUUUUGUACAAUGGAAAUGCUCCAUGGAAGUUAAAGGAUCUUGAUGGAACCAUUGAUGCCAACAUAGAACCCUUUAUUUGUAAGAGUGUACGGCGGAAAGGAAGCCUGGAUUGUUUGUUAGGUUGAGGUCAGACUCUUCUGAGCAGUUUUUUGGUAUCAUGUUGCAGUAUCCAACCUUAACUUUCCAAGUGUGCACUAACUAACCGCCAGCCGACCGUGUAUAUUUAUCGUGAAGGGGCAGAGGAUGGUAUAUUUUGUAUGUUUAAACUGUGUCCUCCAAAUCUAUUCUGUGUCUAAACGACUGCUAUAACAACAUAUUGAUUCUUUACCGACUGGAAUGAGCUUAAAAAUACCAAACUGAUCCUCAUUAACCACAAGACUUGCAUACGUUAGCACAGAGAGCCUUUCCCAAAGAAGAAUUCGACCAACAGAGAAAGACAGAACUGUGCUCUCUCUCCCCCUGACUAAAGUUAUGAUUCUUUCCUCUCCUUUGCUAUUGGAGCACCAAGGAGAGUAAAUCUGAACCAAUUGGUAAGGAGGCUUCUUUAUUCUCAUCUAAAAACCAUCACCUCCCCUCACCUCUUCUCAACCCCCCUUUUUACCUUUGUGCACCCCCAUUCUGACACAUCAACCCAGAGACCCACUUUUCUCACAUCUCUCCAUGGGUGGCGAUGACUGGUGUAACAGUGCAUGUCUGCUUGCCCUUUGACGAAACUGACAAUGCGAAAGGGAAGAUGCGCCUACCGAGUAGAACUAGAAGCUUGCCGUAGAUCACGUUCAAGCACAUCACACCUUAAACAAGGGACUUACUAAGAGCCAUCAAUGUUUGUAUGGUGUGAAUGUACGUGUAUAUGCGUGUAAAGUUGAUGCGUUUGCAUAGGUAUGAAUUUGUCAAGCGGUUGUGCCCUGGUUGAGGAGGUGUAACAAGCGUUUGAAACAGCAGUGACUCCAAGUACUCCGAAAGAUAGUUGCACGAUUUUGAGGUGCAAUGAGCUUUUCUUUUCAAAUUAAGGAACACUAUAGUUCAGACUUGAAGAUCAAGACGAGAAAGCGAUGGCAAUCGAGCGCCUCCGCAUUUUAGAGUGCAUCUGUGCAUUCGGUUUUACCUAUGAUGCAGUACUUCAUCGGACACUUCAGAGCUUGAACGAGCGGAAACAGUCUUGGUAGAUCCCCCGGAUAAUUUUAAGGUUGAGAAACGUUACAUGACCGUUCAAUUCGAUCAAGACACACAAAACGCAAAAUAUUACUGUGACAAUUCAAUGUGAAAACUAUAAAAAGGUGCCAACAUAGUGUCAAGGAGCAGCUUUCUGUUGUGUUGUUUUUGUAUUCAGUACUGAAAGUACAUAUGUUUUUUUUUUAAGUAACUGGGAAAAUAGAUCAAAUGUGAUGAGUACUGAAAGCAAUAUACGUAGUAGCAUGUCGUCACGUCUUGUCCUUUUAUUCUGUCUGUGUAGGAGCUUUGGAUUUACCUAGAUGUUGAGUAGAUUUGCAUAUACUAUUUUUUAAGUUGUGAAGAUGCUGCUAUUGAAUAAGUGAUGUACUAAAAUUUAAGAUUAAAAACAUAUCUGAUCAGUCAUUUAGCAGGAUGUGGUAGAUGUAAGAGGUGUAACUAAAUGCUACAUUGAUAAUGAAAUAAUUGCUAUAUCAAUGGAUUAAAUAAACCUGUGCCAAAAUAGAUUUACAGAUUUAAAUGUGAUUUAAACACCAUUAGUUAAGAGCAGACAUACUUUUGUAAUUUAAAAAAAGUGAGAGAAAAAAAAAAUGUGAAAAGUGCCAAACAAGCCACAGUUAAGAUAUAACUAGUGGAGGUAAAGUGACUAGAGAAGCAAAAAAAAAAAAAAAAAAAAAAAAUAGACAUUAGCACUAUAAGGUUGAGCGUUUUCUGCCCCUUAAACAAACUAGUCCUUGUUAAAAAGAAGGGAUGGAAUCAUCUCGCAGGCCAAACAACAGCAGGGUGCCGUGUGGCCAUUAACACAUCCCCGGGGCUAGAAGACUGCCGAGUUAGCUUAGCAUGGUUAAAGUUUUAUAAGUUAUCAGCAUUCUUAAGUCAGCCUUUUAUAGUUCUGAAAAUGUAUUUUGUGAAGAUAGAUGUUAUCUUUUUUGCACGUUGAUAUUUGCAUGAUACCAAGUGAGGCGUGGAUUUAAAAAAAAAAAGUGAAGACAAAAAAAAAAUCAUUACAAAAAAAACAACAAAAACAAUUAGGCUAUGUGCAUUCAUUUUGAGGACAAAUCUUUGCAUGGCAACAACAGUUCGAGCUAUUAAAUUAGCUUUUUCACAUUUUUAACUUAUUAUGUUUUCGUUUUGCUAAGACCAAGCUGGAGUUUUGUUGUCCUGUGAAAACUAGGCCACAGAAACCAAAAUCAUUCAUAGCCAUGGUCAUAUUCAGCGUCAUAAUAAGAGCACUCAUUUUGUACAGACUUAUCAAUGUUUUGUGAUAAUUUGUAAGAAAAACAAUGGGAAAAGUUGGUUAAUUCAGCGACAUUAACAUUCAAACAUGGUCGUGAAUGUAUUCACCACUACAUAAGUUUGCAUAUCACUCUUUCGAUCAUGAUUUUAGGGCUUGUGUUUGCUGUCAGUUCUAACAACAUCAUUAGGCUUCUGUUCUUUAGCUUGUUCUGCCAUCACUGCACAUAAAGCUUGACUCAUUAUCACGAGAAUAUGCACUUUAUAAUUCUCUUGCGCUUCACGCCACCCCAGACAAGAACAGCCCCGUUUCCGAAUGAGAACAAAUGCAAUGACACCGCUAAACUGCUUGAAUCCUUUACCUCAGAUCACCACGAAUAAAGGAAAGGGACCGGACUUUCCGAUGACGUCACAAUGCAAUGAUGCGGCACUACUGUUUGCAUGAGAAAGGAUUGGCCAGAAGCUGACCAAAAACGGCAGAGUAGUUUUUACAGAAAUAGGAAAAGUUGUUAUUUUGACAGUGUUUUUUAUUAUUAAUAUUAAUGUUAAUACGUGCCAAAAAGGGCAUGUCUGAUAUGAUGAAUAUUGUUUUUUUUUCUUCCACAUCCACUCUAUCUCUCUUUAAGGCCAUCAAAAUUGCACUGUGCUUAGUCAUGGUUGCUUUUUAAGCUACGUUCCUGUGCGCAGUUGUGUUUUUGUGCAUGCGUUUAGCAUUUUCGCGCCCCCGUACCUCUCCCAGGUCACAGGGUUUGUCACACGCUGUUAAGUCGAGAUUGAUGCAAACUUAUGGUUUAGAUGAUGUCGAGGAGGUCAUUGCUUUUAUGUGGGCGCAUGGCUAGAGCGCGUCGCUCUUCCCAAACCCCACACGCCCCCCCAGUCCAAGCCCCACCCCUCUCGCCCCGCCCCCCCACGCCAUCAGAAGAUGAUAACCCGGGUCACUUUUGAGCUCGUACCCAUUGAAGCACCAGCAAUGUUAGAAUACAUUUGUCAUAUCACUGUUCUGUUCUCUUUUUUAUUUUCCUGUUUUUAUUUGUACGACACUCUCUAACCUAGACCAAGUAUAACAAAAAUGUCAUUCAUAUGUAUCCUGUUUACUCUCCCUUUUUCUCCCUUUUGCACUUUCACUGCUCCCCUUUUUUCCAACCACUCCCCACUCUUCUGCCGACCUCCCCCUCACACCCUCCCAGACUUUCUCCUGAGUGCCAAACAAAAACAGUACCAUUCCAAACUUUUUGAGUUCUCUUGUAUGUUGGACAUCCAUUGGACGCACCCAUGAAGCCAGCAUGUUUCUCCAUAACAUGAUGUCAGUCAUGACGCCUCAACAUUACCCAAAAAGCGAGCAGUAAAAGCAAGACCUGGAUUAACACGGUAAAAACACAGCUGGCUACCUCUCAUAAACUGCUUUUCCUAAUUCUCUGUCAUCUCUUCAACCUCCAGGACAUCACUGAUUGUGUGCCAUAAUGUUGGGGGGCACUGUCACUCUCCUCACCCCCGAGUCUCUCCAUUUGAUUUUCUCGAUGGAUAACAUUAAGCGCAAGCAAAGAAAAUAAAUCCAUUUUAACGGCAGGUUUCUUUUUGUUCCUUUAACAUAAAAAACAUGCUCAAAAAAGCUGAGGAGUGUAAACGUCAGCCGUGCAGCCAUCUUCUGUCUUCUGAACUUUGAACUUCUCACCCCUCAUGAACUUUAUUGACCUUCUUCCUCCCCUUCUAUGUUCAUCAAAUGUUUGGACUUAAAAUCUCCAUUCCAUCUCCAAACCUUUUUGAGACUGUGCAAUUCUAGUUGAGAUGAUUGGAUUUACUUUUCUUUCUUCUUUUUUUUUUUUUCUUAAGUCAUCAUUGGGGACGAAAAAAAUAAGAAUAAUAAAAAAGAGACACACGCAAACAUCAGUAAGAUCCAAACUGUUUCCUCCACGAUUUCAUUAUUUUCUCUCAUUGUAAAUAUCUGUCAGAUUUGGUUGAACUGUAACCAGAAACAUGUUCAUCGUAAUGGGGCUGGCAGCAUAAAUUCGCUUUUGUGGAGAUAUGAAGUUGAACUAAACUAAAGCAGCUCCUUUUUUUUUAGAAUGAUUUAGUCUUGAUUAUAGAGCCACAAACGCUGUGCUGAGACUGAAAUCCGGAUCCGGCCCCUCCAAAUAAUGCAUAAUCACCACUAACCGCUAAAGUAGACUAAGAUUAGCCUUGAUGCUAGUCGCUAAUCUCAUUGUACAUAUCAGACGUGUUGAGUGUAAAUUGUGAUGCGUGUCGAUUAGGUGUCUUGACCAUUGCAGCAUCUGUUCACGAGACGAAAAUGUUUCUCUGUGAUGCCGAACGAUCAUUUUCAUGCGUCUCAACCAUGCUUGAGCUCCACAUCUAAUGUUUCUAUGCUGCCAGCUUUGUUUUCUGAUAACCCUUCAUGAGCUUAUUUAUUUUCAAACUACUAUACAUUAUUAAUAAAUGGCAUCAAGAAACUAGACAAAAGGGAAUGACUGGAAAGAUGAAUUACUGUUUUGUUUUUAGUAUUUUAGUGUUUUAACAUCAUCCAUUAACUGACUUAAAAAAAAAAGUAUUAAAUAUUUAAUGUAACUGUAGCAUUGUGUUUGUACAAGAAAUAGUGAGUUGUGUUUCUUGACUUGUGGAUUACCAGUGAAGUCAGCAAUUUAGUGCUAAUAUCUAUUAAGUCGUUCCUUUUCUUUUUCUCUUUUAUUUAAGGGUUAUUAUUUUCCGACAGCAACAGCAGUCAUUAUAAAUGUUCAUUUUACCAUCACCUGUCUUCUGUUGUCUUAUUCUUCACCUCCCACUACACUCAGUUUCAUCAAAUAACACAUUGCAAGUUCGUGCCUGAAACCAUGUGCUCGGGCUUGGGGGAGGGGCCAUGCUUCGUGAGUGAGUGAGUGGGCGAGCGAGCGAAUGAACGAAUGCGACUGCUUGCGAGAGGCUUGGCCGGGUGGGUGUUAUGUCUUCUGUCCACCUAAAGCUAAAACCUGUUGGGUUUCCAUUUACCAAUGGAACCUGCUGAUGUUAUAGCUGAAUCCCAUCAUGUAAGCCUAGUUGAUUUUGAUCGUCCAUAACUCCCCUUCCUCCGUUUGCCAACCACUUUCCACCACUACCUUCCCCCCCCCCCUUACGAGCCAUUCCCUCGCCACACCACGCCAUGUGAUGUUCUCCAUCGAUAACAUACUACUCGACCAGACCCACAUUAACUCUGUUCUCAUGCCUGCAAAUGAGGCGGUUGCCAGUCAACUCACCCUCCACUCAUGAUCCGCCACCAUCCCUUACCGGCUGCCGGGGCCAGGCCCAAAUUAUUAAAAUAAUAAUAAUAAUGUUUUUUAAAAUGAGAAAGAAAAAAAAAAUCAAGAAAAUACAGACAAGUGACUCUCAGGGUGUUUACGUAGUCUACCUUACUCUGUGAUCUCAGAGAACCGCAACCCAGCUCUCUCUCUCAAGCUUUUUAAGGAGCCCAAAGACAAUUUACCAUGUAUGAUUGCUUAUCAAGUCUUCUUCUUAAAAAACAAAACAAAAAAAAACACAACAACAGAAUGAUAUGCACCCAGUUAAAGGAGCAAGCAAAAUGCUGUAAUGUUUACAACCUUAACGAGACCAACGCUGUUGAAAGAAUGUGUAGGAGUUCAAAGACAAUUCUUUAAUAAUUACGUCCUUUUUGAAGUGACUUCAUUUUAAUGGAUCAUUUCUAUGUGAUAUGGAGUUAUGUGUUAACUGAGGCAUUUUGGAAACAUUGCAUGUUCCUCUUUUUUGCAAUGAUUUACAUUUUUUUUAAAUGUCAGAAUGGCUGGUACCGUGUAAAGUUAGAGCUACGUUUAGUUGCUAAUAAUAAACUACAUUGAUGUCA